CCUGUUAAUUUUUACAGGGUACCAGUGAGAAGAGCAAUGAUUGUGAGACAUGUGGUAGGUCUCUGGCUGAAUGUAUUGGUCACUAUGGUUUUGUUGAUCUUGAAUUGCCAUGUUUUCAUAUUGGAUUUUUCCGUACAACAAUCACUGUUCUACAAAUGAUCUGCAAGUCCUGCAGUAGGGUGUUAUUGCCAACUGAUAUACGGAAGUCAUUUCUGGAAAGUUUCAAGAGACCUAUGACUUAUUUACAGAGAAAAUCAGCCAAAAAGAAAGUAUGGGAAAAAUGUAAAAAGGUUUCUGUUUGCCCAUACUGUUCAGCUACAAAUGGCAUGGUAAAAAAGUGUGGUCUUCUUAAGAUUAUCCACGAUCAGUUUAAAAAGACAGGCAAGGGAGAGAAUCCAGUACUGACAGAUUACCUAAGUUCAUUUGAAGCUGCUGUUGAGAGUAAUAAAGACUUGGAAGCAAUGCUUGGUAAAAAUCAGGCUGUUCUAAAUCCACUUUUGGUGAAAAGAUUAUUUGAAAGCAUUUCCAAUGAAGAUAUUCCACUUUUACUAAUGAACUCUAGUGUAGCUCAUCCAAAAGAUUUAAUUCUAACAAGAAUCCUCGCACCUCCUCUCUGUAUCAGGCCAUCAGUUGUGUCUGAUCUCAAGUCUGGCACGAAUGAGGAUGAUGUAACAAUGAAGUUGACAGAGAUUAUAUUCCUUAAUGAUGUCAUACAGAAACACAGAGCUACUGGUGCCAAGAUGCAGAUGAUCGUGGAAGACUGGGAUUUCCUACAGUUACAGGUGGCGCUGCUAUAUAACAGUGAAACUUCUGGAAUACCGUUACAUAUGCAGCCUAAGAAGUACACAAGAGGUUUUGUCCAGCGGUUAAAGGGAAAGCAAGGUCGUUUCCGUGGUAAUUUGUCUGGUAAAAGAGUAGAUUUUUCUGGCAGGACAGUUAUCUCCCCUGAUCCAAACAUGGGAAUAGAUCAGGUAGCUGUCCCUAUACAUGUUGCCAAGGUCAUGACCUAUCCAGAGAAGGUUAACGAUGCUAACAUAGAACUGAUGAGAAAAUUAAUAGUGAAUGGAUGCGAUGUUCACCCUGGUGCAAACUUUAUACAACAAAGACAUACAAAGAUUAAAAGAUUUUUACGGUAUGGUAACCGAGAAAAGAUAGCAAAAGAGUUGAAGACUGGAGACACAGUUGAGAGACACAUGAUGGAUGGGGAUAUUGUUCUCUUUAACAGACAACCAUCUCUGCAUAAACUCAGUAUUCAAGCAUUCUUUGCAAAAGUAAAGCCACACCGAACAUUCCGGUUCAAUGAGUGUUGCUGUAAUCCAUUCAAUGCUGACUUUGAUGGAGAUGAGAUGAACCUACAUCUACCACAGACAGAGGAGGCAAAAGCUGAGGCUAUCACUCUUAUGGGGUCAAAAGCCAAUAUAGUAACACCAAGAAAUGGAGAACCUUUAAUUGCUGCCAUUCAAGAUUUCAUUACUGGUAUGUAUAUCACUGUCAAAUGUGUAUUAAGCUACCACGCAAAUAAAACACCAAAAUGGUUGCUUAUACAAUGGUCUCUUUUUUAGUUAAAUAAUAUUUUA